CAGUGGCUGCGCCGCGAUGCGAGCCGCCGCCGCCGCCGCCGCAGCGGUGUAGUGUUCUCGUGCUCCUCCUUUUUCUCCUCCUCCUCAGGGCCCAGUCAGGCCGAGUCGCUCUGCUCACGACGUAGUCGAUUUGAUUCCUGUGUGUUCCAUCCUGCGAGGUCCAAGUGUAUAGUGGCUGUUUAUGUUGCUGAAAAAAGGUAUUUGCAAUGAGAAGAAAACUGAGACAUAACUUGCUACUUGUCUGGAGUUACAUGCACUUAGGUGACAAUUUUCAGAAAAUCAGCUCUGCAACUUGAUGGGCGACAACCCUUUUCAACCAAAAAAUAAUUCAAAAAUGGCGGAACUAUUUAUGGAAUGUGAAGAAGAAGAACUGGAGCCGUGGCAGAAGAAAGUCAAAGAAGUCGAGGAUGAUGAUGAUGACGAGCCAAUCUUUGUUGGAGAGAUAUCAAGUUCAAAACCAGCAAUUUCAAAUAUUUUGAACAGAGUUAACCCCAGCUCAUAUUCAAGGGGAAUAAAGAAUGGCGCACUCAGUCGAGGUAUUACUGCUGCAUUCAAGCCUACAAGUCAACACUACACGAACCCAACAUCAAAUCCAGUGGCUGCAUCACCAGUAAAUUUUCAUCCUGAAUCUAGAUCUUCAGAUAGUUCUGUUAUUGUUCAGCCAUUGUCUAAACCUGGUUGUAAAAUGAGCUCAUCACAAGUUGUUUCUAAUAAUUCUCCACAGUUACUGUUUGACUUGACCCAGGACACAGGAUUAUCACGUUACCAAGGGGCACCAGCACUUUCAAUAGCAGGUAUGAAUGAAAGUUCAUUUGUAUCAAAACGUCCUUCUGCCUCUGAAAUGAACAGUGUUAAUCCCAAAAAGCCGAAGCCCAGCGAAGGUAUCUCUGGAGCAAGUUCUUCAAUGGCAUUCUCUUCACUUACACCUGCUUCGAUGGCAUCUCCCCAGGCUGUGCCUUCAAAAGGUACAAAUACCUCAUCAAAUCAAUCUAAAAAUGGAACACCUUUUCCAAGAGCUUGUCCAAAAUGUAAUAUUCAUUUCAAUCUUCUGGAUCCUUUGAAAAAUCACAUGAAGUAUUGUUGUCCAGACAUGAUAAAUAACUUUUUGGGACUGGCUAAAACAGAUUUUUCAAGUACAACAAAUAAAAAUAAGACUAUUGAUUCAGAGAAAGGAAAAUUGAUCAUGUUAGUUAAUGACUUUUAUUAUGGAAAACAUGAAGGAGAUGUCCAGGAAGAACAGAAGACUCACACAACCUUUAAAUGCUUCAGUUGCUUGAAAGUUCUUAAAAAUAAUAUUAGGUUUAUGAACCACAUGAAACACCAUUUGGAGCUUGAGAAGCAGAGCAGUGAGAGCUGGGAAAACCACACCACCUGCCAGCACUGCUACCGACAGUUUCCCACACCGUUCCAGCUCCAGUGCCACAUUGAAAGCACACACACGCCCCAUGAGUUUUCUACCAUUUGUAAAAUCUGUGAAUUAUCAUUUGAAACAGAACAUGUUCUUUUACAACAUAUGAAGGACAAUCAUAAACCUGGUGAGAUGCCGUAUAUUUGCCAGGUUUGCAAUUACAGAUCUUCAUCGUUUUCUGAUGUCGAAGCUCAUUUUAGAACAUCCCAUGAAAACACUAAAAACUUGCUUUGUCCUUUUUGCCUCAAAGUUAUUAAAAUUGCAACACCCUAUAUGCAUCAUUACAUGAAGCACCAGAAAAAAGGAAUACAUCGUUGCACAAAAUGCAGACUGCAGUUUCUGACAUGCAAGGAGAAAAUGGACCAUAAGACUCAGCACCAUCGAACAUUCAUGAAACCUAAACAGCUAGAAGGGUUGCCUCCUGGAACAAAAGUUACUAUUCGAGCUUCAGUUGGACCUCUUCAAUCAGGAUCUUUACCUACACCUUCCAUUAGUGCAAGCACUUCUACCCUUCAGCUUUCACCUCCAAGGACUAAAAAUAUAACUGCUAAAAGUCCUAUAAAAUCUAAUACAAAUAAACCUAAUGCAGCUAAACCCAAUGCAAGUAAACCUAAUGCAAGUAAGCCUAAUGGAAGUAAAUCUAAAUGCAAACCAAAAAUCUCAAAUGUGCAAAAGAAGCAAAACACACUGACUGGUAGCAAUAAAAAAAGUAAAGUCAAUACAGCAUUGAGGAACUUAAGGUAUCGUCGGGGAGUUUACAACUGCAUUGAAUGUUGUUCCGAAAUAAAAGAUUUUGCAAACCACUUCCCUACGUAUGUCCACUGCAGUGUUUGCAGAUACAACACUAGCUGUAGCAAAGCCUAUGUAAAUCACAUGAUGAGCUUUCAUAGUAACCGUCCAAGUAAAAGGUUUUGUAUUUUUAAGAAGCAUUCAGAAGAUCUCAGGGGUAUCACUAUAGUGUGCCUUAAUUGUGAUUUUGUAACUGAUGUUUCUGGCUUAGACAGUAUGGCCACACACUUAAGUCAACGUGAAACUCAUACUUGCCAAGUUAUAAUGAAGAAUGUUUCUGUUUGUAUCCCAACUUCUGAACACCUUUCUGAAUUAAAAAAUGAGGCUCCCAGUGUGGAACAAGAACCUGUGUCAGAGAAAAUGUCAAGACCUCAUAUAGCUGAAGGAGAAACAGAAACAUCAACAUCUGAAAGUAAACAUGAUAAAGCUUCACCAGAGGAAGAAAAAAAUAGAUGUGAUUCAAGUUCAUUUGAAGGCUCUUCAGUAACAAAAAGUGAAGAAAGUAUAACAGUUUCACAUAGGGAAAAUGAUGCCUGUCUUAUAGUCCAGGAAACGAGCUCGAAGAAAACCUUCGGUUAUGAUUCCAAUACUGGUGAAGAUAAAGUGGAAAAGGAAAAACAAAUAGAACUUGUUUGUCAGGAAGCAGAGUCAAAGAUGUGCCAAAGUUCAGAAAAUACAGUUACGCGUGAUCAGGUUAAAGGUCACGGCUCCGGUGAAGCUAGACUUUCUUCUAAGAAUAUUAAGGAUUUGCGGUUAACAUCGGGUGAUGUUAGCAUUGAUCAGUUUUUGAGAAAAAGAGAUGAACCCGAAUCUGCUAUUUCUGAUGUUAGUGAGCCAGGCAGGAUUCACUUGGAACCUUUGACUCCAUCAGAGGUACUUGAGUAUGAAGCCACAGAAAUCUUUCAGAAAGGCGGUGGGGAUCCUUCAGCCAAGACUGAUGAAGCAGUGUCUGACCAAGCAGGUGACGUUCUUAGAGAAGGUAGCCCUACCAUGACAGAAACAACAGCAGAUCUGGCAGGUGAAAAGGAGGGGAGGUGAAGUUAGCAUGCCAUCAGAGUUCUAGUGCACCUGUGGUAGGACCCUUUGGAGCAUGCUCGCAGGUGCGCUUGGUGGUGCUGCUGUAGAGUUCAGAGCUAGGAAAAUCCAGGGAGGCCGUUCACACACUUACCCGUACAUUCAACCUAGGUUAGUAAAUAUAUCAGUUCACCAGUAAUAGUGCAACUAGUGUGGCUUUCUAAGAAGUGUUUUUUUUUUUUUUUUUUUAAUGAUCAAGAUUUUAGUGAAGGUUAAAUCUGCAAUUUAAGUCUCUUUUUAACAGUCUUCAAGAAGACAGGACUUGGUCACCCAUAUGAAUCGAAUUAUAAGAAUAUUAAUUAUAUUCAUAAAGCUUUUGAAACUUCUGUAAGUCCUAAGGUAAAAAUCCUUAUCACCUGUAUAUCUUUUUUGAUUAAAGAAAGAGAUCUGGAAACCUUCUACCUUGUGGGAAUGGUUUACCUAACACAGAGUUGGAUUGACAUUGUCAACAAAGGCCUUACGUUGACUGUAAUGCUGGUAUAUGGAGCAUUCUUAGAGUGCUGCUUUCAUCUAAUGAGAAUUUGGGUGAACAUGAACUUAAUUUUGGAUUUAAUACAACAUUCCAGACUGUCUGAAGCAUGUAAACAGAAUAUUUGAAUCUCUGUACCUCCACACAAGUGUUAGCCUGCCAGGCUGUAAGCUUACCUUAAUUAAACUUUCAGUGAAAGUGAAAUUAUUAGAAUAUAAAUUUAUAUUUGUGCUUUUUUUGUCAAUGUAAGCUGUGCAGAAAUCCCUUGAUGUACUAGUUGUAUAAACCCAUUGUUGAAACUCCUAUAGCUGUUAGGCUUUUAACAUUGUUUUAAUGAUCUUCAUUAUACAUAAACCCAUAAAAGUGGUCUGGAAACCAAACCAAAGUAUGUUGUAAUGUAAAAACUGUAAAGUAGGACACUGAAAACAUGUCUUGGCAUGUUUAAAUGACUUUAAUUGUAAAAUAGACACUUCAAAUGGGACCUAAAGCAUUGAUGUAAAAAUUCAUUUUGGAAAUUUAGCUAAUUUAUCCAUAAGAUGGCUGCUACAGUCAGUUGUUUUUUAUCAUCUAGAAAAUAAGAGAUAUAGAAAAAUGAAUAAUGUGAAUAACAGUAGUUUGCUUUGAAGUACUAAUGAACUUUUAUUUAAAAUGCUGCAUUUUUCUUAAAUAUGCUUUGAAUUCUUAACUGUUUCACUGAACGUUAAAUGUUUUAAACAGCUAUUAAAAUUCUGCUGUAAAUAGUAGUUUUUGAGUAAAUAUUUGCAAUAAAAAUUUGUCCCUGAAUAAUUUUGUUUUUCAGAUCACUGCUUGAGUCAGAUUACCUUUGGCGCCUUUAGAAAUUGUGUACUUGUUCUAAGCAGUGUUAAAGUUAGUGGUAAGAUUUUAUUCUGUGUUCUUUAACCGACACAUGCUUUGUUGUUUUAAACUAGGUCUUAAAGUAUAGUGGACGAUUCUGCUGAUAUUUAUAGCAAAUGGAUUUACUUUAUAAAUUCUUCACUUCAAGCAAAAUGUAAUUUAUAGUUUUCUAUCUGAUCCUGAUCAGCAACUUAAAGAGGCUAAAUAGGCAACAUAUGUUACUGAAUUCUUUUCUUGAAUGUCUUCAAAUGUAUAUAUAUUUUGGGAAGGGGGACAAAUAUUUUCAUGUUUCUUGCUCCCAAGAACAGAUAUGGAGAGAGACCCAUUAGCUGUUACCUUGUUGAAAUACAAGUCUGUAGUAGGGAAGAUUUUUGGGGGGUAAUUCUAAACCUUAGAAGAACAGGAAGUAGAAAAGACCACUGUUUGUAUAAAGACCACUCUCAGAGUCUCAUUUGGUUGUCAUCAGAUAUAUCACCUUCUGCUGCAAAACCUUCAGAACACUGUGCCAAGUAAUGCUCUAAAUGACACUAUAAUGCCUUUGGAGCUGCGGGUAGCCCCUUCGCCUGCCCCCAUAUAGCCUUUUAGAGAAGUGAUACUCAAACUAGCUGAUCAGUAAACUGUUACCUAUCCACUAUGACAAAAGGAACCUGUACCAGAUCGUAAGCCCCUCACUGAGAAAAUCUAGCAAUGAAAAAAAAUGAAAUGGUACUUAAUUUAAAAUACUGUGCUUGGUAACAUACUUGGUUUACAUUCUCGUACAAUCUCCUUACCGCCUAUAAGGAACAAUUAAUUUGGUCUCAAAAAAAAGACCAGACUUAAUGGUCUGACUGAGUCUAGAAGGACCUCGGAAGUCAUGGUCCCCAGACCUUCUGUUAGCCCAAGACGGGAACCAUUCCCAAAGCCAACUCUUCAGACAGGGAUUGGACUGGACUAUGGAAUAGAAAAUGAUAUUGGUGAAGAGUGAGCUUCUUGGAUCAAGUAGACACAUGAGACCACGUGGGCAGCGCCUGUCUGGAUGGGAGAGGAGAGGGCAGAAGGGGUCAGAAGCUGGCCGAAUGGACAUGGAAAAUAGAGUGUGGAGGGAAGGAGUGUGCUGUCUCAUUAGAGGGAGAGCAACUAGGAGUAUGUAAAAAAUAUAUAUAUAGCAAGGUGUAUAUAAAUUCUUCUGUGAGAGACUGACUUGUAAACUUUCACUUAAAGCCCAAUAAAAAUUUUUUUUUUUUUAAUUUUUUUUUGAGUAGCAGUGCUUUUGUGGCAUAGUGGUUAAGUGCUACGGCUGCUAACCAAGAGGUUGGCAGUUGAAAUCCGCCAGACGCUCCUUGGAAACUCUAUGGGGCAGUUCUACUCUGUCCUAUAGGGUCGCUAUGAGUCGGAAUCGACUCAACGGCAGUGGGUUAGUGCUUUAGAGAAGCAAAACCUGUUGCCAUGGAGUCAAUUCCGACUCAUAGCGAGCCUAUAGGACAGGGUAGAACUGCCCCAUAGGAUUUCCAAGGAGCACCCGGUAGAUUUGAACUGCCAACCUUUUGGUUAGCAGCCGUGCUCUUAACUACUGCACACCAGGGUGCCAAGAGCACACCAGGGAGCCGUGAAAGCAGUCAUAGAUAAUAUGUAAACAAGCACAAAUGUUUCUGUUCCAAUAAAACCUGAUUUACAAAAACAGGUUGUUGUCGGCUUUGCCCCAUGAGCCUUAGUUUGCCUACCCCUGCUUUAGAGUGCUUAGACCCCUUCCAUACGGAUAUGAAAGCCAGUGAGACAGUCCAGCGACUGCUGGCCUAAAGCCGCCAGGAAGCCUCAGCACAUUAUAGUUCCCUUCUACCUAAAAAUAGAAUUAUGACUAAUUAUAAGUGAAGUUUAAUGACAUGAAGAAAUAUUAACAUUUAUUCUGUAGGAUACACUUUUAACUUAUGUUGAAAAUCUUAAUAUCAUACACAUUUGUGCUGUUUCUUCCCCUUUGAUCUAUGCCAUGCUUUACAGAGUAAAUUAGAUAGUAUUUCUAACACUUGUUAAAAGUAACUGACAAUAUGAAUUACCUUGUUCUGGCCAUAAGUAAAAAGAUGAGAAAGUCAUAUAUCUGGGUAAUUAUUAAUUUGCCUAAAAUUAGAAAGCCAAGAUUUGAACCCAGUUUUACCUGAUUCUAAAAUUACUGUUUUUCUACCACACAUAUAGUUCCCAGCCUUUAUAUUGAAUGCCCUCUUUUACAAUAAAUUUUUUUGCAAAUAACCCUCCCGAUGAUGGUAGUAAUUAUAGUUUUAUUUAUGACAAUAAAACUACAGUGAUUAUAUGCAUGUAGAAUCAAGGCCUUUUUAACCUCAAGAAAAGGGGCCUAGGAGGUUUCGGGACCAUGGUUUCAGGGGACAUCUAAGUCAAUUGGCAUAAUCUCUUCAGAUAACCUUCUGCAUCCCACUUCGGAGAUAGGCGUCUGGGGUCUUAAACGUUAGCAAGUGGCCAUCUAAGUUUCGUCAAUUGGUCUCAACCCACCUGGAGCAAAGGAGAAUGAAGAACACCAAAGACACAAGGUAAUUAUGAGCCCAAGAGACAGAAAGGGCCACAUAAACCAGAGACUACAUCAGCCUGAGACCAGAAGAACUAGAUGGUGCCCGGCUACAACCGAUGACUGCCCUGACAGGAACACAACAGAGAGCCCCUGAGGGAGCAGGAGAGCUGGGAUGCAGACCCCAAAUUCUCACAAAAAGAUCAGACUUAAUGGUCUGAAUGAGACUAGAAGGACCCUGGUGGUCAUGGUCCCCAGACGUUCUUUAGCCCAGGACAGAAGCCAUUCCCAAAGCCAACUCCUCAAAAAGGGAUUGGACUGGACAAGGGGAUAGAAAAUGAUACUGGUGAAGAGUGAGCUUCUUGGAUCAAGUAGACUCAUGAGACUACAUUGGCAUCUCCUGUCUGGAGGGGAGAUGGGAAGGUGGAGGGUGUCAGAAGCUGGCUGAAUGGCCUAGACAAGAGAGAGUGGAGGGGAGGAGUGUAAUGUCUCAUUAGGGGGAGAGCAAUCAGGAGUAUAUAGCAUAAAUUUUUGUAUGAGAGACUGAGUUGAUUUGUAAACUUUCACUUAAACCGCAAUAAAAAUUUUUUAAAAAGGGGCCUAGUGAUCUCUUUUUUUUAAUUGAAAUUGCAGACUUUAUCUUAAGUAGCAGGGCUAGUGAAUUGUUUUAUUAAUAGGAAAGACAUCAUAUAAUUUAAAGAUACAUUUUGUAUAAUAAUCAUAGAAGUUUUAACAUUGUUUACAUUUUUGUAGGCUUCUGUCAUGUCAUUGUUUAACUGCACUAUAGAUGUUAUGGCCAUUUCUGCUCUAUUAAAAUUGUGACUCCAGAACCACUUACUUGUACAACUUCAAGAGAAAUAGGACUUUUGCAUGCGGGCACUAAAAGAGGGUUACAUGCAUUUCAUUUUUACUAGAUUAUUAUAACAUUAAGACUUGUUUAUUCACUAAGAAAUGAAAUACUAAUUUACCCAUGUCCAGGCAUAAGAGAGAGAAAUGGUUAUUGUUUUUUAACUGCAGCACAUUUGGAGAUCCGUGUAGACAAAAUGAAUAGUUGGGUAGAUUUUUAAAAGUCAUGGCCAUGUUGAAUUUUCAGUUGAAAAGGUUCAAAUUGAGAGAGAUUUCACUUAGAUCUUUGUGAGGAACUAAAUAUGUCUGUAUCAGCAACUAUAACAUCAUCAAAGGAUGAGCUAUCCUGGGUGAAACUACUUUUACACUUAAACUAAAGCUAACUUUUCACUGCUUGUUUAAAAUAUUGUAAAAUCGGCUUCAUUGCCUAAAAGAAUACUGACUGUAACUCAACUGAUAACAGUGUCAUCAUCAUGAAGACUGUUGGGCCAAGCUGUGAAUGAAGUUACAGCUUCAGAUGUUGAUGGCCUGAAUGAUGGCUAAGCAUUGAUCAUAGAAGUUACCUGGAAUUUUGGUUUCCUGAAAAUGCCCCGGGUACAUCUUGGGUCAUUAGACUUUUACAAAAACAAAAAAGAAAAAUUGACUGCAUUACCGGUACUCCAACCUCUUUGUAAAAUGACUUCCCCCUAAAUAUUAAAGUAAAACAUGCACUUUGUGGAGAGUUUGGGGACUAUAAAAACAAUGAUUCAUAAUCCCACCAUUAGAGGAGAUGAUCAUUUUGGGUUUUUUCCCCCGGUCCUUUUUCUGUAAUUGGUAUUCUGUGGUUUUGCAUUCUGUAACCCUCAGCUCCUGAAAUUCAUAUCAUUGUUUGGCCUUUUAAAACACGUUAGGUCUGCUCGCUGCGUUAAAAACGUGAUUUUAAUUGCUCUAUUUCAGAAGUUAGCAAACUAUGGUCCAUAGCUUGUUUUUAGAAACAAAAUCUUAUUAGAACACAGCCAUGCAUAUUUUCUGUGGUUGCUUUUACACUAUGACAGCAGAAUUGACGGGAAAACCUGUGUAAGGCAGAAACCUGUCAGAGACGGAAGACUUAAGUAUUUGCCACUAAAACGUGUGAUAGGAAAGUGAUAAGACUGCACCCCGUCAAAGGUGCAAAGCUUGUUAAGACCUGGAAAAUCAAGGCGGUCCCAUUGAGUUCCUGGCUGUCACACGAGUAUCACUGUAUUUAGAGACCAUAUGGCCCACAAGCCUAACAUAUCUGGCCCUUUAAGAAAUUGUUUGCCAACCCCUUCUCUAUAUUAUCUCUUAUAUUGUUUUUGUUAUUUCCCACCCAGUCAACUCCAGCUAAUGGUGACCUUAUGUAUAACACAAUGAAACACUGCCCAAUUCUGCGCCAUCAUCAUGAUCAUUGGUAUGUUUGAGUCUGUUAUUGCAGCCACUGUGUUAUUUCGAGUGGCUUCCAAUAUAAGGGGCUCAUGUUUCAGCACUAUACAGUCUGUAUUCUAUAGUGAUUCAUAAGGUUUUCAUUGGCCAAUUUUCAGAAGCAGAUUGCCAGUCUUUUUUUCCUAGUCUGUCUUAGUUUGAAAGCUCUGCUGAAACCUGUCCACAUGGGUGACCCUGUUGGUAUUUGAAAUAUCAGUGGCAUAGCUUCCAGCAUCACAGCAACAUGCAAGCUACCACAGUGUGGCAAACUGAUAGAUGGGUGGUGGAUCUUUUAUAUAGGUGUAUCACAAUUUUUUAUAAUGCUUUCUUAUUUUCACUAUUAUAAACACUGUAGUGAACCUCUUAGUUCAUAAACCUUGAUGCACAUAUUUUGUUAUCUGUGCCAGAAUUCUUAAGAGUGCAACUUAUUGGAUUGAAGGGUAUAUUGGCUUUCCUAGGACCUCCAUAACAAAAUACCAUAAAGUGGGUGAAUUAUAACAACAGAAAUGUAUUGUCUCACAGUUCUGGAGCCUGGAAGUAUGAGAUGAGUGUCAGCUGUGUUGAUUCUUUGAGGGCUCUGAGAACACAUUCCACUCCUCUUUCUCCUAGCUUUUGGUGGCUUGCAGAAAUCCUUGGCAUUCCUCAGCUUGCAAUUGCAUCUGCCUCCAUGUUUCUAUGUAUCUUUUGUUUUAUAAGGACACCGGUCAUAUAGGAUUAGGACUCACCCUACACUGGUGUGUCUUCAUGUUACCUGAUAACCUUUUCAAAGACCCUAUUUCCAAACACAAUCACUGUGGGAUGAAGAAUUUAAUGUUUCUCAAUGAAUUUGGUCUCAGGGAAGGGGGAGGAUGGUUCAGUCAAUCAGUUAUGCCUACAUAAUGAGGCCUCAGUAAAGGCUCUGAACAUGUAAGCUCCCUGGGCUUCCUGGUUGGUGAAAGGCUUCGAUGAACAUGGGAGGCUUUGGACAUGGAAGCUCUGCUUUGGGAACCCUUCCAGACCUUGCCCUACAUGACUCUUCAUUUGACUUUUUGUUUGUAUCCAUUUCACUGUAAUGAAACUAUAAUAAGUAUAGAAAAAACCAAACCCAGUGCCAUGGAGUCAAUUCUGACUCAUAGGAACACUAUAGGACAGAGUACACCUGUCCCAUAGAGUUUGCAAGGAGCACCUGGCAGUAUAGUGCAACAGUAAAAGAAGGCCUUUCAGCAACCGAGCCUAAUGAAGAAUAUGACCAUCCCAAAAACCAAGACCUGUUGCCGUUGAGUCGAUUCCAACUCACAGCAACCCUAUAGGAUAGAGUAGAAUGGCUCCAUAGAGUUUUCAAGGUUGUAAUCUUUACACAUGGCACAGACUGCCACAUCUUUCUCUCAUGGAGCACUGGUGGAUUUGGAUGGCUGACCUUGUGGUGGGCAGCUGAGCACUUUAACCACCAUGCCACCAGGGCUCCCUAUGGCCAUCAUACUAAUUGUUAAAUCUUUUAACUUGGUUAAGGAGAGAUUGAGAGACCCUGUGGUGUUUCAGUGUGAGAAUUCUCUCCUGGCAUUUCUUGGGAAGUUUAUGUAUUUUUCCAAAGUUCAAGAAAAAUCAGUUAAGAAAUUGGUAAACCAAACUAAGCCCGUUGCCUUUGAGUCAACUCUGACUCAUAGCAAACUUAAUAGGACAGAGUAGAACUGCCUUAUGGGGUCUCCACGCCUGUAAUCUUUAGGGGAGCAGAAUGCAACAUCUUUAUCCCGCAGAGUGGCUGGUGGGUUAGAACAUCCAACCUUUUGGCCACCAGGGCUCCUAAAAGGUAGACUAGGUUCUCUAUACAAUGGAGUUCUCCAUGCGAUGGAAUUUUGGAAAAGAUGGGAUAGAUGCCAAACUCCCUUGUAUAGAGAACUUUUUCAAGGUUUUUUUUAUCAUGAGAGAUUUGGUUACAUAGAGGAAAUUUUGCUGAUAGUCUACCAUUGAAAUGAUUAUUUAUAGGAGUUACAUAUGAAGGCCACACGGCAUUUGAUAGAGCCACAGUAACCUUUGUCUGUUGGAUUCUAUUACUGAGUUUGAAAUACUCAAGAAAUUUGGGUUUGUAGUUUCUAUUUUUUUUUUUAUUGACCUAGACAGGCCACAUUUAAACUGCUAAACAGUUCCUUACCCGUUGAAACAAAGGAUGGAAAAACUCCCUGUGAACUCUAUCUCCCUUCAGGGGUUUCCUUAGAUUGCCUUUUUGCCCACCAGCUGCAAUAAAGCUCAUGCAUCUACUAACAUGAACUAUUGAUCUGGUUUUGUUGAAGUUUACUUUUCUAAUGAUUAUUUCAGUGAAUCCAAGGCUCUAAAUGACAACCACAUGGAUAAAUGCUUUGUAAUGCAUUUUCAAUGUAGUCAGGUUUGAUUCUGUAUCUUACUGAACUAGUGCCUUAUGUGGCUAGUAUAAUAUGAAUGAAAAACAAAUAACUUGUUAAUGUUUGAAUAUGUGGGCUCUAAUACCACCUCUGUGUUCAAUUCAAAACACUGCUUAAUACCACCUCUGUGUUCAAUUCAAAACACUGCUUAAUAGUAUUAAUAAAUAUCCACAAGUCAUUUAUUGCUUGUUUGAUAAAUUAACUUUUGUAUUUGAGAACUGGUAUUAAGUAGGUUUACUAUAAAUUCCUGUGAGUAGGAAAGGUAAGAUCGUUAGCUCCCUUUUCUGCAAGUUUUAAGUGUUGUGAUUUCUAUCCUUUUCAAAUGGAACUUGAUACUUAAUGAGGAUCACUCACUUGAACUCCUAGUUAUCAUGGAAUUGAUCGUUUAAAUUCUAAAUCACAUUGGCUGGCCUCAUCAUUCUCUUUAUCCUGUAUUUUGAUGGACAGAAGAUCUUAGUUAUAAUAUAGUCAGAUUUGUUAAUCUUCCUUCAUGGUUUGUGCUUUCUGUGUCCUGUUUAAGGAAUCUCUCUGUACCCCCAACUCAUGAAGCUGUUCGCCCAUGUCAUCUCCACAUUUUACAAUUUGAUCUUUCACACACUUAGGUUUAUAAUCCACCUUAAGUUGAUUUUCAUGUAUGAUGUGAAGUAGGGUCAAAGUGCACAUCUUUUUAUGUAGGUAGGGCUUUCUUUCCUCUCUGAUCUUCAGUACUAUAAAUCAGGGCCCCAUCUAUGUAUGGCUAUGUUCUGGGCUUUCUAGUCUACUUCAUUGAUCUAUUUCAGGAGUCAGCAGACCUUUCCUGUAAAGGGCUUGAAAGUAAAUAUUUUGGGAUUUGUGGGCCAAGAGGCAAAAUCAAGGAUACUGUAUAGGUUCUUAUAUAACAAGAGAAAACAAAUUCCCAUAAAUUGUUUAUUGAUUGAAUUAAAAAUAUAAUAAAAAUUGAUUAUACUUUUUUAUAAUACUAGCCUACUAAAAAGAAAAAUGGAAUUCUUUUCUAUGACGGAUAUUUCAUACAGUUGUGAUUCAAAAUAAGUGUUUCAUUGAAACUGAUGGCAAAUGUUCAUCUGUUAAUGCUGAUUUGUAAUGAGAUUUUAUGUUUCAUCUUUGAAUGUGUCUUUUCACAUAGGAAGUACUGCCAAAUACUGAUGUCAGUCUAUGUGUAUGAGUUUAUUAACUGAGCAUGUUCAUCACUUAGGAAGCAUUUAUCAAAUUCUUUUAAAUUUGUCUGAAGAUAUUUGCCUUUUAGCAUGUCAUCACAUUGUAGAUUAUUAACUUCUGAUUGAAGGUAAGGUGGAAGCUCCUCAACUGCACAGUUAAAUGAAUUUUCAAGUAUGGAGAUUACCUUGCAUUUGCAUCAAGGUUCAAAAAACUGCUGGAAAUGUAGUUUGAGCUUGGAAAAUGGAUCCACGGUAAAUUUCUGUGGGAAUGGAGAUCUUGGUUUUUUAAACUUUUGACAGCACAGGAAAUAUAUAGAAUAGCUGGAGAGUGUUUGUGAUUCAAACAAGUUAAUUGUCAUAGAAGAAAUGACUAUUGUAGUAUAUUUUACAUAUCAGUACUGUUUUGCCUUGUAAUUUUAGGUUGAAUUUAUUAAGCAACAUUAUCAAGUUUGCAGCAGAAGAUAAUUUCCAAAGCCAUUCAGUGUUUGAGAAUAGUGAUUGAUGAUGGUUCUUCUUACUCAGAAAAAAUUGCAGUCUUGGCCUUGGUUUAAAAAAAAAAAUCACAAAAAGCAUUACCACUGCUAAGCACAGAAUUACUAUGUGAUAGGUCAACUCAGAAUAUCUAACUUCUAACAUCAAAUUCUUGGUGAUGGUUAAGUUCACAAAAACAAAUGAAGUUCACUGUUGAUGUUACUGGUUCAAUAACACGUGAUAAAUUCAAACAUUUUCCUCAAAAUACCUGUGGAUGAAUAAUGCAAUGAAAAACCAUAAGCUUUAAGCAAUGUACGUUUUUACAACUUUUUUCAAGAUUUAUCCACCUAAGCUUUUUUCUGCUCCACACACUUUUACCACCAUCAGUUAUAACAAAUCUUAGCAGAUUCCACUUAAGUUUGUAUUAAAUUAGUGUUUUCUCAAUUUCUUUGAAAAUAUUCUCACCUGUGGUUACUUUAUGCAGACUAUUUAUACAGUCUAAUUCUUUAUUCACUUCAAAUUUGGCAUCGACUCUUUGAAUAAACAGCAACUAAGAGUAUAAAUAUCUGUGGACUCAUCAAAGCCAAAGAAAACCACUCAAAAUCAUUUGCCUUUAAAUUGAUUAUUGGUGUUGCUUCCAGUGUCCUCAGCUGUUCUCACCAAAAGGCUAAUAGUUUUAAUAAAAUUUAUUUCUUCUGGAUACAUUUCCUUGUCUAGUGCAAUCAAACACAAUUUUAUUAACUCACUAGUGGCAAAUGGCUUUCCUUAUUGACUGAAAAAUAAGCAUUUGGAAACUUUCUUUACAGCUGCUUUCAUUUUUUAUUUUUGUAAAGAAGUUCUGCUGUGAUGAGAUAUUCUAUUUUAAAUUUUCCAUUUUCUUUUUCUGACCGUUAAUUUCCUGAGAGUUGGAAAUAUUGUGAUGAGAGUUUAAUCUUGUAUGUGUAUUAUAUUCUAAUAACACAACUAUAGUGUCAUUGCAUAAUAAGUACAAUGAUUUACUAUCUAACUUGACAACAAAAUAUCCCACACUCCCCUGUGCCUUAAAAACAUGACAUUUGAACCGCACUUUUCGAUUCCUUUCUUGUUUUGACCUGAUGGGUAUGCACUGAUAAUAAAAAACAAAAUGUGUGAAAUGGCAGUACACACAAAGCUCCACAUGCUUUCCGAUUAUAACUGCAUUGCUGUGAGUUACAGUGCACAAACCGCAGGGUGAAGCAAUGGAAGUGCCACUCAUAUGAUUUCUGUUGAAACUACUCAACUCUGACAUUGUAGUGCGAAAGCAGUCUUAGACCAUAUGUAAGCAAAUGAGCAUGUUUGUAUACCAAUAAAACUUUAUUCAUUGUCAAUGAAAUUUAAAUUCCAUGUAAUUUUCAGGUAUCACAAAAUAUUAUCAUUUUGAUUUUCUUUCCAACCAUUUAAAAUCAUUUGUACAUGGGCUGUACAAAAACAGGAAGAAGGGUAAAUUUGGCCCAUGAGUCUUAGUUUGCCAGCCCAUAACCUAGAUGGUCAUCCAGAGUAGUAUUUACCAAAUGUGUUUAUGGAACUCAGGAUGAUGAUGAUGAUAAAAAAAUAAAUAAAUAAAAAAUAGCUGCUGUCUAGUCCAACUCACUCAUGGAGACCUUUUGUGCAACAGAACUAAACAUUGUCCACUCCUUCAACAUCCUCACAGUGGCAGUCAUGUUGGAGUCCAUCCUUGUGGCUAUUGUGAGGAACUCAGCUCCUGGGAAAUUUCUCAAAAUAAAAAGUGAAAUAACUUUAUAGAAAGCUUUUUUAUAUAUUCUAUCUCCCACUUGUUUCUUGUUGUGCAUACUAAGCAGUCUGAGAACUUCUUCAACAAGAAACUUAUUUAUCUUUGCCUAAUCCAGAGUAAUGAAGCUUAUUUGCCAGGAAACCCUUAUUUGCACAGAACUGUUUGCAUGCCUCAGAACCUAGGUGUGCUAUAAAAAAAAAAAAAAUUGCUAGCGAGUCAAUUCCGACUCAGAGCAACAGAGUGGAACUGCCCCACAGGGUUUCCAAGGAGCAGCUGGUGGGUUUCAAUUGCCGACUUUUUUGGUUAACAGCCGUAGCUCUUAAUCACUGCGCCACCAGGUGGGAUAUACACUUUGAAAAUGUUGAUAUGGUCCAUCAAAUGAAGUAAUAAAGUGCCGAGGAUAAAAAAGCUCUUAUCCAUCUAGAAAAGGGUUGACCAUUUAUCAGUCUUAACAACAACAACCAGAAACAGUUAAAACACAGUCCUGAUACAUCAACAGUGACUUCACAUCUGUUCGAACUGGUCUCUGGAAGUCAGCCAAUCAACAAGAACCUGUCGUGCUUCUGAAAGUCAGCCAAUCAGCAACAGUUUCACUUAGUAAUUACACUUCAACAGCUAAAGGUUAGCCAAUGCCUAAACAGUUUCAAAUAUCAAGCAUGUGUUGAAUGAAACAAAUAUAUAUAAUGAAACUCUAAGAGAAGGUUCAUGGAAAAAGGUGACUGUGAACAAUUCGUUUCAAACACCUGGUUUUCCAUCAGAGUCUAGUGUGCUUUAUCACACUUGCAGGUGAAAAGCCUUGGGAGACAAAGGCAGGCUAGCUGAUAGCAAACCUCAUCGUCUCCACACUUGGUGGAUGUGCAGUGACGCUGGUGCUCCCAGGAGAAGACACACUGCCUCGUCCUUCAUCCUUAAGACAUUUUUGUCAUUUGGGGUAAAAUCAAGUACCAGGGAGAACCUGUUGGGUAACAGAAAUUUAAUCUCUGCGUCUACCCAGGGAUUCAGCAGUCGUUAUUUUUUUAUUAAAUCCUUAAAGCUGAAAGCAGCUUUAAAAGCCUAGCCCUUAUUCUGGCAAUAAAAUUUUGGGGGGUUGCUUAACUUACAAGAAUAAAAGUCUUGCCAUCCUCUGUCUAGGAAAAGAUUGUUCUUUGCCCAUAGCCCCAGGUAACCUCCUGAAUUGGGUUUUACAAUCAUCCCAAUCUAUAAGUGAUAGCUUCGUUCAGUAAGCAUGCUUCUGAAAGGCAGAACCUUCAUCAACAAGCUAACCCUUUAAGUGUAUCCUUAGUGCCUUUCUCAAGUUGGUCAAGGAUCAGCUCUAUUGAAUGCCUGUUUUUGCUAUGAUGUUCUAGGGCAGUAGUUCUCAACUUUAGGUACAUAUAGAGAUCACCUACUAAGGUUUAAAAUUGUAAUGCAUAGUUCCUGUUAGGUGCUGCUGAGUCAGUUCUUACUCAUAGCGACCCUGUAAACAACAGAACAAAGCGCUGCCCAGUCCUGAGCCAUCCUCACAAUCGUUGUUAUGCUUGAGCCCAUUGUUUCAGCCACUGUGUCAAUCCAUCUCAUUGAGGGUCUUCCUCUUUUUCACUGACCCUCUAUUUUAUGAAGCAUCAAGUCCUUCUUCAGGGACUGGUCCAGGUAGUUCCUACCUGCAACAAUUCAUGGUCUUUGUUUUUUAUGAAGCUGAGCUGGUUCUGACUCUAUGGGGCAGCUCUACUCUGUCCUAUAGGGUCGCUAUGAGUCGGAAUCAACUCGACAGCAGUGGGUUUUUGGGAGCUGGUUCUUGUAGCCAAUGUUGAGAACUAGUGCUCUGGAUACUGGAAAGAAUAAAAUUUAAAGCCUAGAACUGCCUUCAAGAAGCUAACAGUUUUAAAUGAUCAAGUGCUUCUGACGAUACGGAGGAAUAGAAGAUUAGAGAAUGGCUACAUAGGUCAGCUGGGGCCAGAGAAAUUUGAAAGAAGUGGUAUUCCGCCGAAGGUUUGCUUUAUGUAGAUCUAGAAACAUUCGCUUUUUCCAUGUCCCCAUAUGAGGGAAGCAGAUUUUAAACACAUAAGCAGGGAUUUUUGUUUCUUUUAAGCAAGGAACUACUUCCAAAUUCUAAUGCAGGUUUGUUGCUUUGAACAAGAAAGAUGACUUUAAUUUUCCACCAUAAUUUGAAAUGUUGCCAUUCAAUUAGUAAAUAUUUAAAAACUUUUCAGUGUGUUCCCUUUUGUACUCUUAUAAACCUUUUAUGAGUUGGGAAAAAAACCAGCAUAGCGUUCAUGAAUAAGUAAGUACAAAGUCUGGAUUGAUGCAAAUGCAGUGACUGUCACGAUUUUGUUUUGUUACUUGGCAGCCAGAAUAGACUUAACAACACAAUCAGCAUUAAAUUCCUGGUGCUUUUUCUACAGCCCCAAGUUUCAAAUAGAGAAUAUGAGUCUAUUUAUCCUCUCACAGUAUUAAUUUAGGCACCAAGUCCGAGCCUUUGGGUGUGAAUGGUUUUGUUUCCUAGAAGCAAAGUGUGGAACCAUUCUCAGUUUAGCAAAGCACCUUUGCCACAGCAACUGGGAAAAAGUGCAUGCAGAAGUGAGAAGGGCCAUUGAUGGACUGUUACCUCAACUGGAGGCCGAUUUUGGAAUUAUUUCCAGUUAAGGUCAAGUUUCAUAAGCUCAGAACUGACCACUCCUGGCAGGAUAGGAAACAACCUCAGAAUAGACUUAGAUUCCUGAACCCUGAACUCUAUUUUCUUAUACUGCUAACCAAACGGUCAGCGGUUUGAACCUACCAGCUGCUCAGGGGAGAAAGAUGUGUCAGUCUGCUUUUGUAAAGAUUACAGCUUUGGAAACCCUGUGGGGCAGUUCUACUCUGUCCAUAGGGUCACUAUGAGUCAGAAUUGAUUUGACGGCAAAGGGUUUGAAUUUUUUUUUUUUUUUGUAUGACUUUGCUAACUUUGAGAAUGCUAUUAAAGCUCUCAAACCUAAGUAAAUAUUUAGAAAUGAAUAUAGUGUUUAUAAUCGUUGGAAUGAAAAGCUCAGUAAAUGGGUUAAAUAGUACCAAAGAGAAUUAGCGACCUGGAAGAGAGAUUUCUUAUUACACAGAAUGCAGAUUAAAGAUACGGAAACCAUGAAAGAGAGGUUACAAGAAGGUCAAACAUCUCAAAGGAGCUCUAGAAGGGAAAAUAAAAACUAAAACCAAACCCACUGCUAUGGAGUCAAUCUGACUUGUAGUGACCCUAUAGGACAGAGUAGAACUGCUCCCUAGGGUUUCCAAGGCUGUAAUCUUUACAGAAGCAGACUGCCAUAUCUUUCUCCCAUGGAACAGCUGAUGAGUUCAAACCACCAACAUUUAGGUUAGCAGCUGAGGGCUUAACCACUGCACCACCAGGGCUCCAGGGAAAGAAUUGAGUAACAGAAAUAUUUGAAGAGAAAAUGCUGUAAAUUUUUUAAAGAAUUGCAGAAAAGACAUGAAUCUUCAGAUUCAGGAAGUACCAAGCACCCUGCUAGAUAAAUAAAAUGAACUGCAGAGAUAGACACAUUGUCAUCAAACUAAAGAAUACCAAAAAGAAAAUUAGAGAUGCAAUCAAAGAGAAAAGACUGUGUUUAUAGUAGAAGAAAAAUGAGACUGUCUGACAGAUGAGAACUGUUAUGUUGACAGCCAUAAGACAAUAGAAUAAUAACUUUAAAAUGUGGAGGGAAGAUAAUUCUUUAUACCCAGAUGAAUUGUCUUCAAGAGUAAGAGAGAAAUAAAACCUUUCUAAACAAGCAAAGAGUAAGUUUAUUGUUCUCAGAUCCCUGAAGAAGGAUUUAUAAAGGGAUAUACUUUAGGAAGAAGGAAUUGAAACCAGAGGAAAAUGUGGGAUGUAAGAAUAAUAUGAGCAAAAAAUGUGGAUAAAUCAAGCUAAUAAUCAGUUAUAUUAAAGAAAAUGAAGAAUCACUUUUAUGGAGUUUACAAAAAUAAGAUGAAGCUAAGAAACAAACCAAAAUAAUGUGGAAGGGGUAAGUGAUAGGGGCUUGUGCUAAUCAGAGCCCACAUGUUGUAUUGACUGAUUUUCAUUGAUAUUGACUAAUUUUUAGAUUUUUAGUCAAGUACAAUCAUCAACUUCUAAAUCAGUAAAGGGGGAAAAAGUGAGUAAAGAGAACUUGAUUAAUCAAAAUAAUAAGCAAGGAGUAAAGCAAAUAAAAAGCACAGUGAAUAGAAAACACAAUGUAAGAAGGUAGAAAUGAGUCCAGCUAUGAGUGGACAUGAGAAACGUAAAUGCACUGUAUCAGUCUUUUGAAAGACAAAGUUUGUCAAAUUGGAUUUUAAAAUACAUUCUUGCUAUAUGUUCUAUACAAAGAACGCAUCUAAAACGCGAUACAUAGAGGAUGAAGCCUUGAGGUUGUUGCUGUGACUGAUCCCAUUUACACCCCAUUAAGGAGACCACAGAAAACUCAAAUGACUCUCAUCAGCAGCUGGAUCUUUAGACAAAUCAUGAUUCAUGUUUACUGACCCCGUUAUGGAAAAAAAAAAAAAAAAAAAAGACGUCC